AUGGAAGACCCAGGAUCCCAGGUAGCUCCUCAGAUACCAAGUGAAACUCCUUCGGAGCACGACAUCCGCAGUGAGGCCAACACAUACGAGGAAGACGAGCUCUUACUCGUACAGAUAGCGGACACCAACACCCCUGCCUCUCCAAACCUAGACGCAGUCACGUACAGACCCACAGACGCCAACUGGGCAAGCCGGUCAAAGGCCGCGUCUCCUCUUCUUGUGGAACGUCCCCAGAGCUCUGGGGUUGAUGUCUCUGCCUUCUCGUUUGCGAAGCCCUUGCGGCAGGGGAAGCAGUUUUCCAUUCAGUCGUCUGCUAGACGAGUAUUGAGAGACCCUAAAGCACAAUUGUCUGGGCCCUCCGUCCACGACAAUGAGGAACGGCAGUCUAUAGGUGUUGAGAGUGGUCAGGAAUGGAAGGGGCGAUCGAGGUAUUCUUCCAUGGUUGAUGUUUGGAAAUGGUGCUGA